UGAAAAUAUUUAUUGUUAGCUCGCUUUUGGUACAAAAUGUAUUUUCUUCUGGCACAUCUGCGCGUAUCUUCUUCGUCACUUUUAUCACGCGCAUACAUUGUAUGCAGUGUCCAGUAGUACAAGAAACGUAAUGAGGUAGUCCUCGUCUGACACGCUGCGACAUUCAUUCACUACGUAGCGGCAUUGAUGUCGACCGCUUGUUCGUAAACUUUUACAAAAACUCGUUGGUCACAUGUUUACGCAACAGGUUUACGGGGAACCGUAUUGUCCAAGGCGACGUUGAGGUAUACCCCAUAAGUGUAUACAAAAGAAAUCGAUAUGGACUCGCAGCAAACCGCGAACAGUGUGGCCGAACCUACUUCGGGCCACGGAGAAACUAUGGUGAAGCCAAACGCUUCUUUACCGCCACAAGGAUUUCAGGUGCGACCGCAAGGUCCACCUCCGUCUCCUAGAAAUUCGAUAAAUAACGGUCCUGUAGGCGCACCUCGACCGGGACCGCCAUUACGACGAUUGGACAGUCGUUCGUCUCUAGGUCCACCGCCGACCUCGGGUCAAUUUGUGCAGCUUCGACCUUACGGCCCACCGAGACCACCAGGGAGCUCUUUCUCCCCAAGGUCACCGCAGCCCGGCCAGCUGCCUCCGCAAAAUCCGCUGUUACCCCCGAAUCAACGCUUCCCGUAUUCCCCGGGGAUCCGAGGUCCCUCGCCGCAAGGGGCGAGUGGUCAACAACGGCCACCCUUCGUUAUUAACCAACAGGCAUAUCAGGCACAGCAGCAGCAGCAGCAGCAGCAGCAACAGCAGCGAAGUGGCAACGACCCGCGGUUUCAGAGACCGGAUAUCGCGCCACCCCAAAACGGUCCCCGGCGAUCCAGCCAAGAAUCCGUUUUCCCGCGGCAGUUAUUGAGAAAUGACUCGUCACUGAGUCUGCAGAGGCAGCAUCUUUUAUCUAACGAGGAGAUCAAGCAACCGACACGACCGCGUAUUGUCAUUGAGAAGAUGGCGGACAUUAAUGAGACUAACCUUGAUAAACCGGAGGGUUACCUGCAGAGGAAGAAUGACGAGAACGACGACGACGAUGACGUCGUGAUGGAUAACGAGAAGUCACCGCGACACAAUGGCGAGGAUGCUCCUGAGGGAUUGGUGAACGGGUCUAAAUCACCCUUAACCCCGAGGAAAGUCGACGACAGUAGACCCGCGAGUCGACCGGGAACGGCUACUAUUGAGGAUAAAGCAGAAAAAAUGGAUGACAAACGAGACGCACCGUCAAGACCAAUUUCUGCUAAUAUUGAUGAUACGGCGACGCUCAUUUCUCAAAGCAGACCAUCUUCCGCGGUAAAUAACGAUAAGGAAGAAAAAAAGGAGGAGUCACUCGAUAGCAGACCGCCCUCGAGCAAAGAGAUUAAUGCCGCGUCGAUGUCCGAAGAAAUAAAAAAGCCCAGCAGUCCACAUGAUGAUACAUUUGAAGGUACCGAACAGAGCUUGAAAACUCCAUCGAAGUCUUCAGAGCAUUCGCGAUCCGCCACUCCGUCUCAUCUGGACGCGGAACAGGACAAGAAUUCGGACAGAUCGCGUUCCAGCACUCCAGCCCGACUGGAACCGUCUGAUAACGCGGAACAAGAAUCGAAGACUCCGGUCAAGACUCCAGAUAAGUCGCGUUCGAAUACUCCAGCCAGUCUGGAAGCAUCUGGAAACGCGGAACAGGAAUCGAGAACGCCGGAGUUGAAAACGCCGGAUAAAUCACGCGCGAGUACCCCGACCUCGCAAUUGGCGCCGUCUCCGGAUGCGGAGAGAGAGUCGGAGACCGCGGCGAGAACGCCCAACAGGUCACGUUCGAGCACACCUCGAGCCGGAAUAGAAUCGAGCAACGACGAGGACGGGGCCUUCGCCGGGACGGAAAAUCCCUCCGAGAAUCCGCAUCGCGACAAAUCCGCCGACACUCUCCAAGUGAAAGAGUCCAGUAGACCGGCGUCAUCGUUGAGUUUAACGAGCGAGAAAGGCGGCAAGUCACCGAGAUCGCCGACAACACCGAGAUCACCGGAGGGUGUUAAGGGCUAUGACAAUGGACAACAGAGAUCCCUGUCUGCCAGCGGUAGCCCUCGAUUGCCGAAUUCUCCGAAAUCGCCCAUUAGCGAGAAGCAAACAGAGGACGGAAAGAAGAGAACAUCUUUCGUUGAAGAUUCAGCCGAAAAAAUAGAGGAAAUAGCAAACCAGACUGCAGUGGCGAUGACGAAACCAACUACUCCAACACCUAAAACUCCUCGCGCGCAAACGCCAUCGAAACUGGACAUCGAGAAAGCUGAGAAGAAAAAAGAGGUUCAAAAUGGUAGCCCAAGCGAGUCGCAAGUUAGCGGGACACCGACUACGAACGGAGUCGGAGAAUCCCCAACUAAAAAGUCUAAAGAAGUUGAUAAAAGAUCGAACGCUGGAUCGCCUACGAAAUCUACUAAAUCAUUACCGCGAACUCCCGAUACGCCUUCGUCGACUGCCCAAGAGAAAAAGAAGCUGCCGAUGAAUAAAAUUCAAGUCGGGGCUGCGCCCUCUCCGAAUCUGAAGACUGUACGAUCGAAGAUCGGUUCUCUAGACAACGCGAGUUACAAGCCAGGCGGGGGUAAAGUGAAGAUAGAGAACAGAAAGCUGGACUUUGGAAGUAAAGCGCAGCCGAAAAUCGCCGCGAAGAACGAGAAAUAUACGCCCAGCGGUGGCGACAAAAAGAUCGCUCAAGUGAAACUUCAGUGGAAUGCCAAGUCCAAAGUGGGCUCCUUGGAGAACGCAACUUACAAACCGGGCGGCGGUGACAAGAAGAUCGAAACAGUAAAACUCGACUUCAAGGACAAGGCAAAACCAAAAGUCGGAUCCAAAGAAAACGCGAAGCAUGUCCCUGGUGGUGGCAGCGUCAAGUCCGCAACUCCGCCAAAGACACCGCAGGAAACGAAGAACGACAUUCCGACGCAGAAAAUAGAAAUCAAAGCCGAAAGUAAGAUCGGUUCGUUGGAUAACGUGAAGCACAAGCCGGGCGGUGGCGACAAAAAAAUUUUCAACGACAGAGACUAUCUUCGGCAGACGAGUUCCAAUGUUGAGAGCUUGAACGGCAGCGGGUCGCAGGUUCAGACUCCCGUGAGGGAUGAUCCGAAUAGUUCAAAGACCAAUGAUAAUGAGAUACCCCAGCCUCAACCGCCACCUUCGACGCCCAUCAAAACUCGUGGCGCUGUGUCACCCUCGCCUGUCGUGACACCCCAAGCUGUUAGAAGUGGACUGGCCAAAUCUCCGGAAGCCACGACGCCCAGAAAGCAACUCGUGCAAGAAAUGGAAAAUUCGACGAACGAACACGUGUCCGCAACACCUUCGCCAGAUGUGACACACGGCAGGAGCACGCCGAAAAGUCGAUCAUCGGGAAGAUCGCCGACUUCCCCACGUCCACCCAGCAGCCUGCGCGUUAGAUCUGCCGGCGACGAAUCCUCCCCUGGUACACCUAGAAAAACAUCCCCUGGCACACCCAGUAGAACAUCCUCCGCAGUAUCUAAUAGAACAUCCCCCGGUACACCGAGGAAAACUCCAUCCCCCAAGGAUCUGCGUCUUCCGAAACUCGCGUCUUCGCCGGUACCACGAAAGGCAAAUCCAGCAGUUACCGAAACUCAUUCGAAAAUCACUUUACCAAAGUUGAUCGAGUCAUCCUCUCAAUCUACCCGGAUGGCAUACUAGUUAUCAACUCAAAAACGCGACGGGCUUUCCAGCUUUACUUUAGUAGGGCAGAAUGCUGUAGAUUCCUCAUACUCUUGAAGUUUCGAUUUUCCUUUCUUGGGUUUUUUCUCAACAAAAAAUUAAUUUUUUUUGUCACAUUUGUAUUUAAACAUCAAAAUUAAAUAAGUAAUAUAAUACUGUUUGCAGUAAACUUUGAAUCAUAAUUAAAAUUUGAAAGUUUGAAAUCAAAAUCUGAACAAAUCUGAGAAAUAAAAAAAUUCUUGAUAUUAAAAACUCGAAUAUGAAAUAGAUUAGGAGCAUUGUGUUUAUCUUAUAAAAAUAAACGCAAAUUAAUUAA